AAUGUUGAGAUAGUGUAGUCGGAAAGGGGAACGAUUGCGCGGUCAGUCGUACAGUAGACCCUCGGCCUCCGCGGGGUCGGGACGGUCCCUUAUAGGGCUGGAUACCCUUUCGCUCUCGUGGACUUGUUACAUGGCUGCCUAUUAUUGCCAGUGGUCUCAUUGGCAGUGCCCUGUUCUCGUCAUCCCGCCCUUUCCACCCUCCGGCACCGUUCAUAACUAUAUCAUCACCCUGACCAAAGAGAAAUAUUACCUCGCUAGCUCGAGUCUUAUUUUGAUGCUGAUAUCCACCGAAUAAUUUCCAUCACUCUUGUGUCUCACUGACCCCGUGUCGCUCGUUCACUGCUUAAUACAUCUUAUAUUAUUUGUCCAAUUUCCAAUGCACCUUCGCUCACUUCUGGCCACCAGUAUCUGGCUGGUCGGCUCUUUGGCCUCACCAGUCCCCGAGACAGGGGAUGCUCUACACGAACAACUGUCUGACAGACCAACUCCCCGCCACUCCUUUCCCACAGUGACCGGACAUGAGAUCCGUCUACCGUGUCUCCCGCCCCAUCUUGACGACAACAGCCAGUUACCAGACAAUGAGACCUCCACGGCCUUUCUCUCCGUGCAUCUCCGCACCGAGGCAAAUGCUCUCCUCGUCAACAACGUCAGCGUCUUCCCCGCGGGGUAUCCCAUGCAGCUACCAGCCCAGAAGCACCACGCCACAGAAGACGGCGACGACAUCGAGACCAUGCAACUGACCUACGGCGUGGACAUCGAAUACCUCCCGCCGAAGGUGGACUCGCAAGUCAGCGACCUGUACUUCGUGGAAGUCAGAUUCUACGAUGCGACCGGUCGGCCGGCGACCUCGAACGUGGUCCAUGUGCGGCUGUCGCGCGACUCAGCCGAGGACGACCUGACCAUCUCGCAGAUCAUCGUCGAGACGUUCCCGGACUACCAUGCAUCGCACGGCCACGGCAACAAGGUCUGGCACGCGCAGUACUGGAAGAUGCUGGCGAACAAGUACAAGACCUGGAGCAAGGAGCAGAGGAAAGGCCAUCGCAAGAACUCGGAGGCUCAGCCGAUGGCCGACGCCUUGUGCGGCGAGAAGCCUAGCACCGGCCCCCACUCCAAGGGGAAGUCCCCGUUCGAGCUGACGGGUCCGUCCAUCAAUUACUACGCGCAUCAUCAUCACCGACCGAACCCGAAUUUCUGGCGAUUGAUCGUUCCGGCUAUGGUGCCUGCGUUGCUGGGCAUACUGGCUGGGCUGGUGGUUUGUACGACCGGUGUUGUGGUCUGGAAGAUCGUGGCUUGUGCUCUUGCGCGGUGCCGGGGGAAGCGGACGAAGAGAUGUGCGCGGGGGGCGGGUUGUUGUCGGGGCUCAGGGACGGGGCUGUCGGAGAAGCAGCAGCUUAUGGCGCGGGAGUUGGGGGCCGCGGUGGACGUGUAGAGAGUCAACCUGCCAGGCAAAUGCUUAGUUAUAGGGGCAAUGCGUGAUGAGAAUUCCGAGUGACGUGGCUGCGCUAAGAAAAGAUUUUGAGUGUAAUUGUCAUUCGUGGUGCCGUGUGACGCCGGAAGGUAGGGCUGGGCUGUCAGACUGUCAAUCAUUUCGGUUCCAAAACCGCGCAAAUCCAUCUAAUAUGGUGCCCCUCGUAGCACUUAAGCCGAUUGUUUGAUCUACGAGGCUAAAGACAGCAGAAU